AUGUACAGAACCAAAGUGGGCUUAAAGGACCGCCAGCAGCUUUACAAGUUGAUCAUUAGCCAGCUGCUCUAUGAUGGCUUCAUCAGCAUUGCUAAUGGCCUCAUCAAUGAAAUCAAGCCUCAGUCUGUCUGCGCACCCUCAGAGCAGCUCUUGCAUCUCAUCAAACUAGGAAUGGAAAACGAUGAUACUGCAGUUCAGUAUGCAAUUGGUCGUUCUGAUACAGUUGCCCCAGGCACGGGCAUUGACCUGGAGUUCGAUGCAGAUGUCCAGACCAUGUCCCCAGAGGCUUCAGAGUAUGAAACCUGCUAUGUCACAUCCCAUAAAGGACCAUGCCGAGUAGCUACCUAUAGUAGAGAUGGGCAGCUAAUAGCUACUGGGUCUGCUGACGCCUCCAUAAAGAUACUCGACACAGAAAGGAUGUUGGCCAAAAGUGCCAUGCCAAUAGAGGUUAUGAUGAAUGAGACUGCACAACAGAAUAUGGAAAACCACCCAGUGAUCCGUACUCUCUAUGACCACGUGGAUGAAGUCACAUGUCUUGCUUUCCACCCAACGGAACAGAUCCUUGCCUCUGGCUCAAGGGAUUACACUCUUAAGUUAUUUGAUUAUUCUAAACCAUCUGCGAAAAGAGCAUUCAAGUACAUUCAGGAAGCUGAAAUGUUACGCUCCAUCUCUUUUCACCCUUCCGGAGACUUUAUACUUGUGGGGACUCAGCAUCCUACUCUUCGACUUUAUGAUAUCAACACAUUUCAGUGUUUUGUCUCUUGCAAUCCUCAAGAUCAACACACCGAUGCCAUAUGUUCUGUUAAUUACAACCCUAGUGCCAACAUGUAUGUGACUGGCAGCAAGGAUGGCUGCAUCAAGCUGUGGGAUGGUGUCUCAAAUCGGUGCAUCACAACUUUUGAGAAAGCACACGAUGGUGCUGAAGUUUGUUCUGCCAUCUUUUCCAAAAAUUCUAAAUACAUUCUUUCAAGUGGAAAAGACUCUGUAGCUAAACUUUGGGAAAUAUCAACAGGACGGACGCUGGUCAGAUACACAGGUGCUGGCUUGAGCGGGCGGCAGGUGCACCGGACACAGGCUGUCUUCAACCAUACAGAGGACUACGUGCUGCUGCCAGACGAGAGGACCAUCAGCCUGUGCUGCUGGGACUCGCGCACAGCCGAGCGCCGAAACCUGCUGUCCUUGGGCCACAACAACAUCGUGCGCUGCAUCGUGCACUCGCCCACCAACCCCGGCUUCAUGACCUGCAGCGAUGACUUCAGGGCCAGGUUCUGGUACCGAAGCCUGAACCUUAACUACUCAUCGUGGAUGCACAAGGCAACUGUGUUCUCAGAAGAUUUUUGCAAUUAA